CCGAUGGACCAUACGAAAUUUCACUACGAUCCGAAGGCAAGCUUUCAAAGAGCGAGUUCAGGAGCUUCCUCUCUCGUAAAUUCUCGCUCUUUCGCUUCCUCUCACUCUCGCUUAAUCUUCGGUUUUCCAUUUUCUCUCGGUGUCGCGUGCGCGUGAAGCCAGCAGACAGAGAUACUCGCUCGGGAGAAUGAAGGUGCUACAGAUCGUUUCGCUGCUAGUGGCGGCACUGGCAGUGGCCUUGGCCUCGGCCUCGGCCUCGGCCUCGGCCUCGACCUUGAGCUCGAGGCAGAGCAUCGACAGUUGCCUAGCUCAGGAUAGCAUCUCCUGUGUCCAGAGGAGCCUCUACCGAAUGGCCAAGGAGUUCUUUGGCAAGGAAAGCCUGGAGAUCGCGCGAGGUGUUACUCUCGUCAGGUCGGCCAUCGACACUGACAGCUCUCGCUCCGCCAAGUCUGCCAAGGAAGUACUAUACGAUCAAGAUAUUGAGGCCGCGUCGAGCGUUGCGGAUCGUCAAAGUGCUCUUGAAAAUUUUGUCGGCGAGAAGGCCAGCGACUUCCUCGUGGGACGCAGUCUUCGGAUCAACUUUGGACCGGCAAUCGAUUCCCUUGGCGAGUCGGCACGAGCCCUUGCCGACUCCAUUCCCCAGGAGGUGCGUCAGGCUGCCGACGAGGUCGUUGAAGGUCGUGGGAAGAAGAAAAUCCUGAAGUCGAUCCUGCCACUGCUCCUCGCCGCCAAGGUCAAGAUUGGAGCACUGGCAACUCUGGCCUACUUCGGCAUUGCUCUUCUCGCGAAGAAAGCCAUCCUCGCCUCUUUGGUGUCAAUCGCUAUUUCCGCCUUCUUAGGCCUUAAAUCGCUCUGGAGCUCAGGCGGAAGUGGUCACGACGUCACUCCGUAUAGCGGAGGAUGGUCAUCCGGAGGCGGCGGCGGCGGCGGUGGCUGGAACGUAGGUGGGUCCAGUUCCGGAGGCUGGGCAAGUUCCGGAUCUCCCGCGUGGGACGUGGACUCUCACGGAUCUUACUCGGGCCAGAGCCAAGCAUACUCGGGAUAUCAGCACUAAUCUGAAUUUUCAAAGUCCAGCCCAACGCCAUGGUUUGGCAGCAACCAUGAUCGUCGAUCGGCCGCGCUUGCACUCUUCUGCAUUCUCCUCUGACUGAUCGAGUCACUCGGACAGCCACUUCGAACGCACUGCGCAUGCGACUUAUGGCUGACCUGGUGAACGAGAGCGACCAAUGAAAUAUUUAUUCAUAUUUAUAUCUGCAUCGUUAUUUCUUAUUUACCCGACGCGUACAAGAUAUCACGUGGAGCGGUUCCCAUCGAAUGCGAGUACACCCGCUACUACACUAGUCGCAAAAUUCUCCCAGAUCGAUUUAUGUUGACCUUGGAAUAAAGUCUACUUUAGCGUCCUAAAAUGAGAA